AUGUGUGUAGACCAACUUGCGAGAUGGCAUGACCGACGCGCACCUGGGGUUUCCAAACACGAACAGCUAUCGUUUCAGUUAUGGGAUGAGUGGGAUAGCUUGCGAUCGUCGCGACGACGUUGGAUUCGGUCCGAUGGCAGGGGGAUAGCGUGGAUAUUGAUGCUACUGUUGGUGAUGCUGGUGUCUCCGACCUAUGCUGCUCUGGUGAACUUCGACAAUUGCUUACCUGCACCCACUAUCGCAUCGAACCCACAGAAACUCCAGUUUGUCCCGCUCGACGUGUCCGUGAAGUUCGACUUGACGAAUUCUCUGCACAACUUAAACAUCACGGUAUACGGUAAUGUUUCUGGGACCGUCGACCAGUCGUCAUCUUAUCCAUCCCCCGAUGAUCCGCAGUGGGCAAACCAGAACGCGACAGUGGGAAAGAUCGUAGACCUGGAUACGGCCAACAACAGAUACAGUACUCUGAUAACAACUGUUGAUGUGGUUAGCUUCUCCCCAUACUCUGGUCCAACUAGGUUCUGCGAUUCUAUCAUCCAAGGAGAGUGCCCGUUGGGGCCUGUCUUUUACGCCAAUGCGAGCGACUUGAGCUCUUUACGCUCUUUCUCUGUCCAACAUGACAUGCUAUCGUCGUACCGCUUUGCAACCCUGUCGUCAACUCUCUUAAUCAAGUCUGGCGAUGCAGCGGCCACUGAGCUGGGAUGUAUAUCGGUUGAUGUCACUCCAGAUCUUGGAUCGGCCCUGAAAAGUGCGCUCGCUUAUGUCCCUCUUGUCAUCCUGAUUCUCGUGGGAGUCGCGACCGUAACCGCUGCAAUAUACAGUCCAUGGGGCACAACGGACCCCUUUCACUGGACAAGCAAUUAUGGCCGCGAUGAAGAUGUCCUUCGCCUGGUAACACCCGGAUUUGGGGACUGCCUACAGUAUAUGCAAUUCGCGGUGUUGACAGGAGCAUUGUCGCUUAACUACCCCGGUUAUUAUCAACCGGUGGUGAGUCAGGUUGCGUGGUCAACCCUCAUGUUUAACCAGAGCUUUCUAAGUCCCGGAAAUGAGCGGAAUCCUGUAAAGGAUGGAGUAUACACUGUGAACGGUACCUACGGGCUGGACGCUCUACAACAAUAUGUUGGAAUGGAGUCAGCGCGGGAUAUCUGGCCGGGGAUGAUAAUAUGGUUACUCGUGAUUGUUGUCGCGAUCACGCUCAUCAUUCAGCUCGCCUUCGCUUUUCGGUGGCUUCAUCGUGAACUUGCCAAUAUUCCGGAGGAAGACUUGCGUUCUAAGAAUAUGCCGUUCACUGUUGGCAACGUCAUUCGAAUCGUCUGUAAUUAUCUAUUCUUACCGCUCAUUUCGCUCUCCUUUUUCCAACUGGUUAUCGCUAGAGAAUCCCCAGCAUACUCUGUGGCUCUAGCCGUUGUGGUCAUUCUCAUCAUGAUUGCUUUUGCAAUCUGGGUCAUUCGGUUGAUAGCGAGCACGCGCCCCAAAUCGUACCUCUUCGAUGAUCUGCCGACGGUGUUGUUGUAUGGUCCACUGUACAACACCUUCUGCGAUGAUGCGGCUGCCUUUACUGUGGUGUCUCUCUUCCUGUCGUUUGCCCGCGGCGUCGCGAUCGGUGCACUUCAACCUUCAGGCAUUGCUCAAAUAGUGCUCCUGGCGAUUUGCGAAGUUGUUGCCAUUUUGACGCUUGUUGCUUUCCGCCCGUUUCCUUCGCCGACGUCUAUGAACCUUUAUCACGCCUGUUUCUCGAUUGUGCGGUUUCUUACCAUCCUCUUAAGCGUCGUUUUUGUCCCCUCUUUAGGCGUGUCUCAGGCUGCUCGCGGUUGGAUAGGCUACGUUAUCCUCUUCUUACAUGCUGUCGUUCUAGUUUUUGGGUUCUUUUUGAACGCCCUGCAGACUUUGGUUGAAGUUAUAGCUCGACUCGCCGGUGCUGGAGGCUAUGAAGGUGGUGUUACCCGUGGCGGCCUCGUCAAGGUAUUCGGUAUGCGGCAACUCUCUCGGCGUAUGCCAAGACGGAGUGUUGGAACUCGCCAAAGCAUGGGCUCCGAGGCUGCAAUGCUAGCACACACCGACGAGCGAUUGUCUUCCCAGUUUGACGGGUCACGGCCCAGAAGCCUUUCAGGCAGUUCAGCAAUGCUGCUCAAUCGGGCAGCCGCGAGUGAGGGCAGAACCAGCGCCUUCUACGAGUCGGGCAGUGCUCAUGGAGGCACCCAUAGUCGAGCCAAUAGCAGUGGUCUAUUUACGCCCACCACGCCUGGUAGCAACCCUACUUUCCAGGGUGCAGGCUACCAGACAACAGGAAGUAAUUCCCCGAAAAGCGGUCCCCUUUUUGCCAUGCAAGCGCACGACCCGUACUACCGACCUCCAAGGCCUCGCAACAAGAGAGUGGAUAUGAGCGGAGGAGAGAAAGGUAGAACGGGCGGUCGGCAACGAGCAGGCAGCGAUGCCGAUGAUGAUAUAAUCGAGGGUCCUAUGUCUGGGCGGGGCACCCCCGUGCCAGCCUACAUUCCUGCGCCGAAAGAUGAUCUCGACCUGGAUGAUCCUCGGCAGUCCCGCAAAGAUUACGCUGUUCGCGAGGUCGACUUCUACUACCGUGUCCGGGGCCCACCACUGUCGCAAAGCGGCACGCGUAAGCUGAAGACUGGCCCUGCAGAUCCCACCGGACCUGUAUCGUCUGCCACAGGCUUCUUCCGCAGCCUGUUCCGAGGAAAGACUAAAGAAAGCGGUAAAGGAUUCGAAGUUGUUCGCAGCGCAAGGGCACCCCCGCCUGGUCUGCUUCCGGAAGGGGAUGAUGUCCACGAGCCAUACCGAGAUGAGCCUGACGAACAGGCCACCGCAGGGCACAGUCGUCGAGUGUCAGGAAGUGACCGAUCAUAUCCAGAUACAGAUAGUGAUGACAACAACCGAACUGGCGAGGCGCUGAUAAGCCUGCCUCAAGUUGAGUCCGGCGGCGCUAUUGAGCUGCCUAGUCGCAUAGGAUCCCAGCAUAGCUCACCUUCAGGAGCCCCACAGGCUUCGCGACCUUCUCGGCGUGAUUCUCGGUCGUUGGCUUUAGAAGAUGACACUGCAUCUCACAGAUCUCUUCCCGUUGUUACUAAAGCUGUUUCGGAGGAAGCUCACUAUCCGGCUCCCCAGUUGCAUCCUUCCUCAUCCGGUACCGGCCGAUUGCCGUUCAGUGCUGCCAGUUCCCCUUCAAGGGAUCGAAACUUCUCUAUAGCCUCAACAACUGCAUCCACGUCCUCAAGCCGGCAGCAUGGGAACGGUACCGAGCGGCCCUCGAGCAUGGGAUACGUUGCCCAGCAUCGCACCCGGGACUAUAUCCACGAAGCGAGCCCGGAUGAACCGUCCUUCACUGGUAGUGCUGCCGAGCUCGUUGAUGAGCCGCACCAUCCUGAAGGAAGUCAUUAA